UUAAAGUAAAAUUUGUUUCUCCUCAUUCCGUUUGCAGGGAGAAUGGAGAACCCAAUGGCAAGUUCUUCUCCCCCAGCGCAUUUCCCAGAUGACGAGGGCUCAAAAGAGAGCAACGAUAUUGUCUCAGCUGGGCUCAAUCACUCGGAAGGGUCUUGCAGUGGCUCGCAGCCUCCCAACAACCCGGAUUUUGCGGAGGAGGGGCUGCAAGCUCCGUUGCCUCGCAGUGAGUCAUCUGGCAAAGCCGAAAAUAGCGAGCCGAGACCUGAGGAGGAGCAAAGAACCAAAAGAGGAGGAUGGUCCAAAGGGCGAAAGAGGAAGAAACCCCCCCGGGACAGCAACGCUCCCAAGUCUCCCCUAACGGGUUACGUGCGGUUUAUGAACGAGAGGAGGGAGCAGCUUCGAGCCAAGAGACCCGAAGUUCCUUUCCCAGAAAUCACCCGGAUGCUGGGCAACGAAUGGAGCAAACUCCCUCCUGAAGAGAAACGGCGCUACCUGGAUGAAGCAGACAGAGAUAAAGAGCGUUACAUGCGGGAGCUGGAGCAGUACCACAAAACCGAGGCGUACAAAGUCUUCAGUCGGAAAGCCCAGGACAGGCAGAAAGGGAAAUCGCACCGGCAAGAAGGAACACGACAGGCUGCCCACGAGCAUGAGAAGGAAGCCGAUACCAAGGAACGGUCUGUGUUCGAUAUUCCGAUCUUCACGGAGGAGUUUCUGAAUCACAGUAAAGCGCGGGAAGCCGAACUCCGUCAGCUGCGCAAGUCCAACAUGGAGUUUGAGGAAAGGAACGCCGCCCUGCAGAAGCACGUGGAGAGCAUGCGCACGGCCGUGGAGAAGCUGGAGGUGGACGUGAUCCAGGAGCGCAGCCGCAACACCGUCCUGCAGCAGCAUCUGGAAACCCUGCGGCAGGCUCUCACCAGCAGCUUUGCCGGAGUCCCCUUGCCAGGAAGUGGCGAGACCCCCACAAUGGACACUAUUGAUUCCUAUAUGAAUAGACUGCACAGUAUUAUUCUGGGAAACCCUCAGGAGAACGAGACCCUCAUAGCCACAGUCCGAGAGGUUGUAAACCGCCUCGAACGCUAGCGAGCCCUUCCUCUCUUACGUCGCGCUUGCUGGGGCCGAGAGGGGAGAAGUCGCUGACCUCUGAAACGAGCGGUUUGGCUCUCUUAGUCAGAUUUCAGAUCCCCGGGGACUGGAUUUCGGGUGUCAAUCUUCCACAUUUUGGGUGAAAUUGGACCGAGCACGGCAAUUCCAUGGCAGCAACCAUAUACUCGCCGCGCACACAAAGGUAUUUCUGAUAUUGCGACGAUGUGUAAUUUUCACAGCUGUAUUUCCCCCCAAAAAGGACACUUUUAGCGUCGCAGUUGGUAAUUAAAAGGGAGAACAAAUCCGGUCUUCCCACAUUCCUGCCAGCAGUGAUCAUCCACGCCUGUGUUCCAAGCAGAACUGAAGCGGCUCUACUCUCCCCCCCCCCUUCCAUUUCCCAGUUGAAAGCCCUACCCCGCAUUAUUUGUUCCAAAUGCACACGGCUGAUGCUUGCACCCCACGUUUUGGAAUUUGCCUUUAUAAAAUCAAACGGUUGUUUUAAUUUGGUGUGUUCAAGUCCAUUUUCUCUUCAGGAAGCCCGGCAUCCUCCAUGUCUCUGGGCCCGACCUUUCAGGAUAAUUGUGCGGUGCGAUUAAUUGCCUGUUCCCCCCCCCUCCACGUCAUGAUGUAGCUGAAGCCGAAAGGCAGUUUUCCUUCCCGAGAGCAGCCAGAUGGAACCAGCCAGAGUUCUAAGACAGCCAGUCCCCCCCUCAGAAGAAUAAAGCAACAGCGUCGACUGCGGCUAUUUGAUGGAGAACAGCUUGCGGACGCAGAACCGGGAUUUUUCUUUUCCCAGACAGCUCAUCCGCCUCCUCAUUUUAGGAGAGCAUUUUCUCUUAGCACCACAAUAUGUUGUAGAAGAAAGACUGGUGGUGGGGGUGGGAUCUGUGCGGGGAAGGGGGUUACGGUUCAGCCAACAACAGACUGUGAUACCUGGCAGAGAGGUUUGUCUUCAGGCAGAUACCGGAAGGACACCCGGGCCAGAUGUUUCCAGUUUAACACUUCUCGCCUGCAGAAGCAUCAGAUGCCGAGGCAGGUAGCUGUACCUUUCAGCUGUUGGCUGUGACGAGAAACCCCAGGGGAAUUAUCAGCGUCGCCUGCGGCUUCAGAAUGUAAACGCAGCCACUGCUGCGGGCAAACCAGAUUUAAAUUUGAAGGGCUCUGCAGCAAAAUGAACCGAAGCGCAGUCCUCCGCCACCACCUUUAACCCCCUUUCCACCUCCUUCCUUACUGGUUUUGGUUUUUAAAAAAAGGCUUGUUCGCAAUCAACUUAACCCUGCAGAUGAGGCAAUUUACAUCGCUGAUUCCAGCUUGGCUUCGUUAUCCAGAUACAAACCCUCGACUCGUGCUGAUUGCUCCCAGUACUUCUGGCUUAAUAAAUUACCCUUGACAUUGCCUCAGCUAAUUCUCUUCCAGCAGGAGGGCGGAGGACACGGAUUCAUAGGGCCGAGGACACCCGCCGCUGAUAAGCGGGAGCACUCCGCAGCUACCGAAGCAAGGUCACGUUCAAGGGAAUCUGGGGUUUUGCGUCAGAUGGCUUCCUCCAGCAUCGCUGCACUUCUUAGCCUAUGGGUAGAUAUUGGGGAGAAAACCCAAGUUACCAGCUAAUCGGCGAAGAGAACUGCUGAUCUAGUAUGCUAGCAAUGCUUCCGAUCAAGGGAGAACUGCCAGCAUCUCUUCCCUGUGCUGUUAUCUCUCCUCUUGGCCAGGGGUAACUGAGAACACGGAUCACUUGAAGGCGCUGUGUUAUUAUUUACUCACCCACCCUUAACCCGGGAGGGGCGCUGUGGCAUUCCAGCUGCUCCUCGGCUCUGAAUUUUUGCAGAUAGCGAAAAAUUCACGUCGUUCCUGACCGUCCCUCCAAUAGCUUGGUUAUUAAUAUUAGCCAUGCUGAAGAAAGUCAAGUUGAGAAGCUUUGCAUUAUAAACUCCUCCCCCCCCCCCCCAGCUUGAUAAGUCUCACUCUUUUGGGGGGGCACUGGGGACCCCCGUUAGAUCUCGACCUGCUCAAGGUGGGGCUUGCAUCUCUGAACCCCCCUCCCAGAACCAUUAUCCUGUCUUCUCUGCCAGCCGCUUCCAUCUCUUGAGCAAGCAGCCUGUUAACCUUUGUGAAGAGACAGGUACUAAUCGGAGGAAGGGGAGGAGAUACACAGGACCAGGGAUGGAAUUCUAGCAGGAGCUCCUUUGCAUGUUAGGUCACACCCCCCUGAUGUAGCCAAUCCCCCAAGAGCUUACAAGGCCCUUUUUUGUAAGCUCCAGGAGGAUUAGCUACAUCAGGGGGUGUGUGGCAUAAUAUGCAAAGAAACUCCUGCUAGAAUACCACCCCUGCACAGGACAGUCCUGGAAGACUCCGAACCUUCUGGCUAUUACGAUUCCCAGCGGCCACUGUUUCUUGCCGCGAUUGAUGGGAAUUGUAGUUUUUCGGGCUUCCGGUUUACUCGAUCGACUAGUUGAGUUGAUCUGGUUUAGUUUUAUCGACUAUCUUUUCCGUUAGCCCCCCUGCAAAAAAAUAAUAAUAAUAGGGGGGAAUUGUAACAGCUGUUUUGAGUGCUGAUUUUAAAUAGAAAGACAGGAUAUAAAUAAAUUGAAAAGAGGGAGAUCUUUUGGGCCUAUCCUGCAUUUAAGGAGCCCUCCCUCCCCCCUUGCAAAAUAAGGAUUGGGAGCUUAAGAAGAACCAGGGCUUUUAGCGAAAAAUACUCGAACGCAUAUGCUUUCACAAGCCCUUGAUGGAGGUAUUUUCGAGAAACACCUUUCUUGGGUUGAGCUAGGACCCGAUUUCCUCUAUCACUGACUAAUAUUAAACACCCCCAACAGUUAGAAACCAAACCGGAUUCUUGCAAGGCCGUCUCAGAAUUGCAGGCCUCCCAGAGCCACAGUUGCCCUCAGGGCUGCUUGCGUGGGACUCCUUUCACGCCCAUGACCGAGAGCCGAGAUCCUGCUUGCCGUUGUCGCUUUGGUGACAGGAGUUGCACCACUUUACCAUUUUGCCUCUCAGCGUUUUGUAAAAUGACAAAAAGCCGGACUUCAUUACCGUCUCCCAUCAGCAGAGCUCAGAGGCCGAUCCCCUGGAGCUGUUUCGGCCUUAACGUCCUGUAACCGUUGGCAUUGUGUUUUAAUAAAUGUUUUCCAUUUCAAAGGACGGUUCAGUAGCAUGUUGUGACUCUUAAUAAACCUUUUUUUUUUCUGUACA